GGUGAACGUCACAUGAACCGAAAUUCACACAUGCGCAGUUUAGUUAGUGGCGGGCAGGAAAAAGGAAGUGCAGGCACAAAAUUGAAAUCUGCUGCUGCUGAUCUGUAGUUUGGACUAAAGCUUUCUUUUGGAAAAUGGACUGGAUUGGGUUUGGCUAUGCUGCAGCCAUUUUCUUUGGAGGCUUUCUUGGUUACAAGAGAAGAGGAAGUGUGAUGUCACUGAUUGCUGGUUUUGUUUUUGGUGGAUUAUCAGCUCUCGGCGCCUACAACAUUUCCAACGACCCAAAGAAUAUCCUGGUGUCCCUGAUUGCCUCUGGAGUCCUCUCAGUCAUCAUGGGAAUGAGAUACAAGAAAUCUGGAAAAUUAAUGCCUGCAGGGAUCAUUUCUGGGCUAAGCUUAUUGAUGGUGUUUCGCCUACUUCUCCUCAUGGUGUGACCGAGCGAUCAGCACUGACAAGUCUUCUAAAGGGAUCUUUACGACCAAGUCUGCAGUUCUGUGGGUUUUUUGUGUGAUUGCACAAUCAGAGAUAAUCAGACAAGAUUCUAUUUUCCUACAGUUGUGAAAUGAGAGUAAAUGUUUGACAGUAUUUCCCACAGAUUCUGCUAAAUCAGCUAUUAAGCUAGAAAAAAACAAACAGAACAACAGAGCAAGUUGAAUUUUUUUUGUUUUAUUUGAUAUGUCUGAGAUAGAUUGUACAAUUGGUGAACAUUUUGUAAUGGAUGACAGUUAAAAUAAAGAUUUGAUUCAUACAACACAUGUUUAUUAAGCGAAAUGUCCUCUGAAACGGAACAAAAACUUCAUUUUCAGACGUUUCCUCAGUAGUGACGCUAGAAAACAGCAUGAUUAGUAUUUUUGCAUUAGAUCAAUGUUAAUUUUAAUAUAAUGCAGCCAUAGGUGCUUUCACCAGUUUUAUGAAUCACUUUAAAUGUGAGGAAUGUAUUAGAUCUUUUUGGAGAAUUUACAGAUUUAGUGUUGUGAGGUUGAACACUUCCAUGACCGUCUUCUUGUAAUGUUCAUCUGGCUGCGGCUUCCUCUUGCUGCCUGGCUGCAGGAACCUGCUGAUGGCAGGAAUACGGCUCAUCCUCCCCUGGAAAGCCUGGACACAAACCCAGAGAGAACUGAGCACAGUUUGAGGGGGAAUUUUAAAACGGGCACAUGUCAGAUUUACCUUGGUGUUGGGAAAUUCUGCGAGGAUUGCAGGGAACUUCUCCUCAAGCAUCAGAGUGCAUUCGAGCAGCAGCACAUCUGCAAGGCUUAGCUUACCUCCCACCAGGUAAACAGACCCACUCAGCGCCUGAUUCGUUUUCCAAACACAUAGAACUGCUUUAGAUGAAAUUAGUAAUAUUUUAGGCUAAUUUCAUGAGUUGUUCCACUUUACCUUUUCAAACACUGGCAGGUAACGCUCAUUUGCUUUAGUUAGGAUGUUGUCAAGUUUAGGUUUGGUGUCUGAGACGAAGGGCAGAAUCAUCAUCAUUUCCAUGAGGUCCAUCAGCCCCUCUGAGUACAUAUUGAUCCUAAAGGAGAUGAUUUUUUUUUUAUUUAAUGAACAACCAUGAGAACAGAAACUGCCAUUAUUGCAAAAAGCAGAUCUGGAACACACAUGACGCGCUCUUUGAUGUCUUUUCCAUAGAGGUUGUACUUCUCAGCAAUGUAAUGUAGGAUCGCCUUUGUCUGCACAAGUUUCAUGCCAUCGAUCUCCACCAAGGGGACCUGCUGGAACAUGAGCGACCCAUCUGCAGAGCAUUCACAGCACUAGGUCAUGCAGAGAGCCACUCCCAAGAUAAGAGCGCACAGUUACUCCCAUUGCUGUAGACUCACAUGACCUGAGCUAAACCUUUCAGCAGAAGUCCUAUCUUGCAACCCUUUCAGGUUGAACCUGAAACUGAACUGGACACAGGAAAAUGAGGAGCAUGCCCUCCACGAGAAUGUCUCUGAAAACCAACUCACCAUCCAGAAGCUUCUGGUACUGAUCUCUGGUUGUCAGGUGAAACUCAUCAAACUGUGGUCAUAAAUACAAAUGAAAUGCAUUUAUUGCACGUGACGGGGUAAGAAAAGUAUGCAAAGCUCCAGAACAGCUUCACCCACCUCCACUUCUGCAACUGUCAGAAGCCAACGGAUUGACUCCAUUUUCCCUCUCCCGUUGAAAUAGUGCAGACUUACUUUUCCAGACAUGGCUGUUGGGUUUUCGGACAAAUCUGUCAAACUUUUUUAAAAAGAGAAAAGGUUAUAAUGUGUGAAAAACAUCACUUUUGGAUGAGGACAUGAAAAUAAGCACAGGGUUUGUACCUGUACACAGAAAGGAGCUCUCUGCUUCCCGAUUUCUGCUAUAAACUAAAGUCAGGGGCGUACCGAGGUCACCUGGGACGGGUUAAAGGGAGUGGAAACAUCCAAAGUCUGUGAUUGGUGGGUUUGGACCAAUAGGAACACGACUUAUUCUCGUGUAUUUUGCUAAGACUCAUGGGUAAAAAUGUUUCUAGGCUUGUUUUAGCUUUUAUUUAUGAUUUCUUUAGCGACGAUUUCCAACAACACACGUUUAUGUUGAAUUAUCUACAAGAAUUCUAUCCGUUCUAAUGAACAUAAUAUAAGAAGAAACCGUAACAAAGAGCGCUGUUAGUUUGGGUGUCUAUAUAUGCCGCUCGGCCAUCUUGGGUUUUCUCGGAUGUGAGGGCGAUCUGGCUGCGACAUCUGUCACCCCAUUGAUCGCUAGGGUUGAUUCGGCUGAUCUGGCUGGCUAGGCGGGUGUCCCCUUCCUCCCUCACCACUCCACAUGAGUCCCUCCCGAAGCUCAGCGCUCGGUGGCAGCGGACGACCCCCUGGACGACCAUCCUUCGGUGUACCAGUAGCUGCGCUCCCCUGCUAGAAACUCCAAACAAGCUCAAGGCCAAAA